UGGCGGUCAAUAUGUUGUCAAAGGUCUUUGAUUCUCUUUGAAGAUAAAUAUCCCUUUCCUUGAUAGAAAUGGCUUCAAAACCUCCCGAAGAGACUCGCUUUACAGUGCUCUCGCACGAGAGUGUGAACCUUUAUGCAGAGACUAUCGGAAUAACUGGUCUACCGACUGAUUUAAGUAAAUCUUUAGCAGAGGACACGACAUACAGAAUGAGGCACAUUAUCCAGAAUGCAGCCCAAUUUAUGAAACAUGGAAGGAGAAAACGAAUGACAACAGAAGAUUUGAACAGAGCAUUACAACUAUGUAGUGUUGAGCCAAUAUAUGGGUAUGGUUCUGCAGAAGAAAUGCCAUUCCGCAGCACAAGUCUUAAAGAUGUUGACAUCUUCUUUGUUGAGGAGAAAGAUGUGUCAGUACGUGAACUUGCUCUUGGGACUGUCCUUCCUACUGACCCAGGGAAAACAACUGUUAAAGCUCAUUGGCUGUGCAUUGAGGGAGCCCCACCUAAUCAAGCGCAGGGUACAGGCAUAGGGAGACAAGCAGGAGGUGGAGCACAACACAAGUCAUUAUCACAGGCUUGCAUUAAUUAUUAUGAGCAAAUUACCAAAUCAGUACUUGGAGAAAAUGACAGGUGCCGUAAGGUCAGCCUUAAUGAUUUGAAAUCCAACCCAAAGAUAUUGUCACUGCUUGCCUACUUUGUGAAUUUCAUAUCUUCUGGGGUCAAGACCUACAGCCAUGAUAUGAAACAACUGAGUCACUUGCUCUCAAUGGUCAGGUCUCUCAUAGACAAUCCAUCUCUCUUCCUAGAACCCUAUGUUAUUCAGCUUGUAACAGCUGUUAUGUACUGCCUGUUAGAGAGUCUUGCUGUAUCUUUUAAUCCUGCGAAUGAUCACUGGCGGCUGCGAGAUGACGCAGCUCGUAUCUUGGCUCACAUCAGUCGUAAAUGUAAUAAUAGUGUGAACUAUCUGCGACAACAACUGCUCAUGACACUACAGGAGGUGCUCGUAGAUGAUGGACGACCAUACUGUUCUCAUUAUGGUGCUGUGGUUGGAUUGACUGAACUGGGACCAGAGGCAUUAGAGCAGUUUCUAUUACCAUACCUCAAAAACUACUGGCAACUGUUACAACAAGUCCUUCAAGACAACAGUCCAUCCAAUGCCGUCUUGCAGGGCGAGGCUUAUCAGGUGUACGGAGCGUUACUCCAAGCAUCAGGUUGUCUUCUCAAGUCCAAAACCAAAGGAGUCCCAGUCAAUUCGUACAACUUCCAAGUCAACAACUCCUCUCACCCCAUGCUCCGCGCAAACCUCUCGCCGUGGGCUGGGACGAACAUGAUGGAACGCCGCCCAUCAUUCCCUACGAGAUCUCGUUCGAGCUCUACGAACUCUACCACCCAAUCAAACAGCGAGUACUAUCGUUUGUAUUCUAUAUUUGGCGAUAGCAUACUGCCUAUGAUUGCGUUCAAUAACUGGCAAGACAGCAGCGUUACUAAAAAUAACUUAAUUCGAAUUCAACCCCUGACGCAUGCGUACUUCCCCCUUAGACCGUUACCGAGGGACUCCACAGCAAUACGUGAACUUAUUGAACGAAAAAAGGAAUCGUUUCUAGCAAAGAGGUCCGAGUCCGAGUCUUCCAGCGAGCCCCUUCUUCAUGCUGGAAGAAAAAGACAAAGAACAGAGGACGUGUCUUUAAAACAGCCUGAAACUAAGAAAGAGAGAAAAGGGCCGUGGAGCGCACUGACGCUUAGCUCGCCCACAAAGCUCAGACCUUUUAACACAAACUAUUUCGAAGCUCCUUCCUGCACUUCCAGAAGCAAAGGAAGUGUAGAUCAAAGUUUAUCGCGAAAAAAGAGCGGUAAAUUUGCUAAAAGGAAAAAUGAGGUGCCAAAGGAAGCGGAGAUGGAGAGGAAGACAAGCGUUGAUAAAAGCCUGCAUAUCGCCACAGGCAAAAUGAAACGAAGAUAUCACAAAAUCACAACUAGACCUUCAAUUACCAACAAAUCUCAAUAUAAUUAUCACUUAGGUGUUAGUUUUUGAUUAGGCUGGUUACUAUGACAACUGUUGUCAUGGAUACCUUAUCUGACGAGAAUGUCGUCUGCAUAAAGUGCCGUGUUUUGAUUCUGUACCAAAUGCAAAUUACGUACUUUU